AUGCAAGAACUGUGGACUAUUCGUCUUGAUUGGGAUUGCGAACUUCCGGACGACCUCAAAUCUCACUGGAUCGACUUUCUCGCGCAAUUUAAAAACUUGUCGGUGAUUUCCAUUCCGCGCUGGUUCGGUACGAGUUCGGAUACCCUCGAAGUGCAACUUCACGGAUUUUCGGACGCCUCGCAACACGCCUUCGCGGCGGUUGUUUAUAUUCGUGUUGUUUCGCCUAGUGACAUUCGCGUGACCUUCGUCAGUGCAAAGACAAAAGUGACUCCUCUCAGACGCGUAACAAUAUCUCGACUCGAGUUAUCCGCUGCCGUGCUUCUCGUAAAAUUGAUUCGCAAGGUUCGCGACGUGCUCGACCUGACUCGCUCAACCUCUCAUCUCUGGACCGAUUCUACUGUCGCGCUGGCCUGGAUCAAGAGCCAUCCGUCAAGAUGGAAGGAAUUCGUGCAACAUCGGGUAUCGUUCAUACAAGAACUGUCAAACUCUCGUUGGCAUCACAUCGCUGGGAAAGAAAAUCCCGCCGACUUGGCAUCGCGAGGAAUCUCUCCGCAACGACUACAGCAGGAGCGGCUCUGGUGGUCGGGACCUCAAUGGCUCCAACGAGCCUCCACUGAGUGGCCUGCCUCCACCGGCACUCUCAGCCCGGCCGCACAAGGAGAGGAACGUGCACGAAGCUAUGCCGUCGCCAUAGUCAGCCCCGAACCGGAGGCAUGGGACCUUAUAAAACGAUACUCUUCUCUCACCAAGCUACUCCGCAUCACCGCAUGGAUUCGACGCGCCAUCGAACGUUUUCGCAAAACUACCAAUGCACGCGCCGCUCAAGAUCCUCUCACUCCGCUCGAAUUGGACUCUGUGCUCGCCUUCUGGACCAAAUUGACGCAAUACGCGUGCUUUUCUCCGGAAAUUCAACUCAUCAAAGCAAACAAACCACUACCGAAAUCAAGUCCAUUACUCCGCCUCAUUCCGUUUAUCGAUACCGAUGAAUUGCUUCAUCUCCGAGGUCUCUUUAAAGUGACAUCGGGCUCACAAUCUUUACCAAAUCGGAGCUCUAGUUCUCGUCAAGGACGAACAACGACCUCCCACCAAGUGGUCUCUCGCACGCAUCAUUGA